UGUUAACCCAUACAGAGCAAAAGUGCAGUAAGUGAGCAUGUCCUUCCCGCCUUAUAAAGGCUAGGGCGGCGCGCGACGCACCAUACAACUUGCCGUCACGUCGACAGUAAACGGUUUCACAAGUUCGUAAAUAAAUAAAACUUUUGCUCUGCGGCAGUUUUUGUGGUCAGCUUUUUUGAGUUUGAUUUUCAAUUCUUCACUUUAGUGUUGUUAUUAGCCUGUGGUGAUCUCAUGUCCUCACGAUGAUGCACACGGUGCCCAUACUAGUGAUGACGUUGACCGCCGCGCUCGCCGCCCCUGCCCUUGACGGCGCGUCUACGGGUUUAACUGAUGAAGAUUACUACUCCUUUGAAGCUGACAGAAGAGAAAUACCUGAGCAGAUAAUAAUACUACCACAGAAGAGAGCGGCGUUGGUGCUGGAUCGCCUGCUCAUCGCCUUACAAAAAGCACUGCACGAAGAAAGCGCGAACCACGGCCUAGACGCUGAAAGAGAUGGACCGCGGACGGCGCCCUUGCGUCUAGCCAACAUUGAGCCUAACGAUGUGAUGGGUCUCCAAAGACGCGGCCAAGCUGCGGGCAGAGGGCGCGUGCUUCGGUGCUACUUCAACGCUGUUACUUGCUUCUAACAUAAUAUUACCAAUAUUGCUAAUUUAUUUAAUAUCUCCCUUAAAUUAACUGUUACGAUUAAUAUUAUCAAAAGUAUUUCUACUUGGCUGCAAACUAAACUAUUUCAGAGCAUUAGUAUUGAGUAUUUUAAUAUUGUGUUUUUAUAUUUAUCGUUUACAUAAAUUACCUAUGAUGUGAUUA